UUUUUACUCGUUCUUUGAGAACUUUUCCACUUUCUCUCUCUCUCUCACACACACACACACACACACACACACGUUGCACUUCCUCCUUCACUUGUGUGUGUGUGGCGUCUCAAACUUUCUGCUUCUGCCAAUUCUGUCACACUCUUGUUUACGCUGCACUGUUUUGGUCCUGUUCCUCUCUCUCCCUCCCUCCCUCUUCUCUCUCUCUCUCUCUCUCUCUCUCUCUCUCACAUCUAGCCUCUCUCUCUCUCUCUCUCGCCCACCAGUUGGUUCCUGCUCAGUGUUUGAAGCAGAGACAAAAAAAACAAGGGGAAAGAAAAAGAAAAGAAAAUCUCUACAUUUGGAUCAUUUCUCUCUCACCACUAUGCUUCACCUGACGACCGGACGCGUGGGAAGCCUCCUGGCGCGGCGUAUGACCGCAGCCUUGACCUCCAGCAGCGCGAGGAUGGCGAGUCACGGCCACGAGGUGGCAGCGAAUGAGGACUUGUCUCAGCCGAUGUACUGGGACAGCACGAACGUCCCUCUGCCGGACAGACGCUACAAAGUCACGCUGUCCUCUGAGGACGAGAGGCUGAAGCAGAAGGAGAAAGGACCGUGGGACCAACUGUCCAAAGAGGAGAAGCUUGCCUUGUAUCGUCUGUCGUUCAGUCAGACUUUCUCAGAGAUGAAUCAGCCGUCCGCAGAGUGGAAGACGGUCGUCGGCGCCAUGUUCAUCUUCCUCGGCCUCACUGGUCUGAUCGUCUGGUGGCAGAAGGUCCACGUUUUCCCGAAGCCUCCCAGGACCUUUGACGACGAGUGGCAGGCCAAGCAGCUGCAGAGGAUGCUGGACAUGAGGAUGAAUCCCAUCGAGGGAAUCUCAUCCAAGUGGGAUUAUGAGAAGGGUCAGUGGAAGUAGAGAGGGAGGAGGAGGAGGAGGAGGAUGCUCUGUAUGCUGAUGUUAAAACCACUAAAAAAGACGCAGUGACUUGUCCGUCCACUGUCCUCUCUGUGUCUGUCCACCUGUGGCCUUAUCAAAAUAAACUUUUGCCUUUG